AUGCCUCGUGGUCAGAAGAGUAAGCAUCGUGCCCGUGAAAAGCGCCGCCAGGCUCGAGAAGAACCUGUGAAUGCAUUGGGCACUCAAGCUAAAAAGGAGACACCUUCUACUAGUCUUCAUUCCCUAGAUAAUCCUGAGGAGUUACAUGCUACUGGAGAAAUCAGUAGUCAAGAGUUUGAGACAGCAAUGGCUGCUGGUGCUAUCGCAGCUUCAUACCCAAGUUCUAAUGAAGACCCCACCAGCCAAGUAGAGGAAAUGUUAAAAGACUUACAGCUGACCACUAAGGACUACCAAGAGGACUCUGUGGAUGAAAGGGUUGCUAUCUUGGUGCACUAUCUGCUGUACAAGUAUCAAAUAAAGGAGCCUGUCACAAAGGUGGAAAUCCUGAAAAAUGUAAGUCAGAUAAGUAAGAAUCAAUUUGUUGAGGUCUUGAAGAAAGCCUCUGAACACUUGGAAUUGAUCUUUGGCCUUGAUGUGAAAGAAGUAGAUCCCUACAAGAAUAUCUAUGUCCUCGUCAACAAGCUGGAUUUAGACCAGGUUGCAGAAGUGGAUGAUCAUGGAAGUGUACCCACGACUGGCCUGCUGAUGACUAUCCUAGGUGUGAUCUUCACAAAAGGCAACCGUGCCACUGAGGAACAAAUCUGGGAAGUGCUAAAUAUGAUGGGAAUAUACGCAGGGAGCCUGCACUUCUUCUUUGGGGAUGCUAAAAAGCUCAUCACCAAAGAUUUAGUGAAAGAAAAGUACCUGCAAUACCAGCAGGUUCCCAACAGUAAUCCUCCACGCUAUGAAUUCACAUGGGGUCCAAGAGCUCAUGCUGAAACCAGCAAAAUGGAGGUCCUUGAGUUUUUGGCCAAGAUCCAUAAUUGCCCUCCUAGUGUCUUCACAGCUUGCUAUGCAGAGGCACUGAAAGAUCAGGAGGAAAGAGCCCAAGCCAGAGCUGCAUCUAGGGCUCGUUUAGCUGCUGUGGCCAAUUUACGUUCACGAGUCAGUUCCAGCAGCUUUCCUAGUCCCAAGUGA